GGCACGCGGUCAGAAAUGAGAACGAUUAUUCAUGAACAAAUAAAUGCAUUGCUUGAAAAUGAUUAUUUCCUCGACGACUUGUUUAGUGUGCUCGAGUCUGCCGGUGAGGUGAACAUCGAAGAAGCAGGCAGCUCAAGGAGCGAUGCGAUGAGUGUCGAGGAAAUAGCGGCUCUUCCGACAGUUAAAGUUUCAGAAAACAUGGCCUGGCAGCAAAAAACCUGUGCCAUAUGCAUGGAGGAUUUGCACUUGCAAGAGUGGGUGACGGUGCUUCCAUGUCGUCACGUUUACCAUCCAAAAUGUACGAAACAGUGGCUGUUGAGACACCGCACAUGUCCGACUUGUCGACAACCAAUUGCUACAACGAAGGAACGAGAAAGGCAGUUGAACCGUGACCAUCAGAAUUGGGUUCGACGCAUCAUGGGAGUUAAAUCGCAGGACAACCGAAAUAACAACUCUGUUCUGUAA